CAUUUAUUUAUUUAUAAAGCAACUAAAUUAAAUGGAAAUUGCUUCUCCUUCUUUCGCAUACAUUUCUUAUUUCUUGCGCAUUGAAUGGUAGCUUUAUAUUUCUUUCUGGAAAUUCUUGUUCAAGUAGAGUGAAUGGAAACAAAGGCAGCCUGAAUUUAACAUUGAACUCUGAUGUGUUUUACUUAAUUGCUAGAGAUUGUAUUGAUUUGGAUUCACGGUUGAACUGCAGUUUCACCAGUAUCAGGUGGUGGGGAGAGCUCUACCUUCUGAGUCAGAUGAGCAUCCGAAGAUUUAUCGGAUGAAGCUCUGGAGCACCAACGAGGUCCGUGCCAAAUCAAAGUUUUGGUAUUUCUUAAGGAAGCUGAAGAAGGUUAAGAAGAGCAAUGGGCAAGUUUUAGCAAUCAAUGAGAUUUUUGAGAAGAAUCCUACCAAGAUUAAGAACUAUGGUAUCUGGCUGCGUUACCAAAGUCGAACUGGGUAUCAUAAUAUGUACAAGGAAUACAGAGACACUACUCUUAAUGGUGUUGUGGAACAAAUGUACAAUGAGAUGGCUUCUCGUCACCGUGUUAGGUUCUCAUGCAUUCAGAUCAUCAAAACAGCCACCGUACCAGCUAAGCUUUGCAAGAGAGAGAGCACUAAGCAGUUCCACAACUCUAAAAUUAAGUUUCCUCUGGUGUUUAAGAAGGUUCGGCCACCCACUAGGAAACUCAAGACUACAUAUAAGGCAUCAAGGCCCAAUUUGUUUAUGUAAUCCUACCAAUUUGGCUAAUUUCAGUUGCUAGAUGUUAAUUUUUAGGUCUUGGAGGUGUGUGACUGAAAAUCUUGAGUUUGAAUUUUUCCUAUCAGUGCUAGCAGUUGAGGUAAAUCUGAAAUGAAAAUUUUUGACGGGCUUGUUUCAGAAAUUUCAUUUUCUAGUGAUGGGUUGAAGUAGUUAUUAUGAUGGCAAAAGUUAGCUCUCUGAAAUUUGCAUAACAAUAUUUUUGUCAUCAUCUCAGUGAACAAUUAUUUUUAA